GAAACAAUCCUACCUUCUCCGCCUACUUUUUCUUUUUUCUUCUUUGGCAAUACAUUGUAAUCUUUUAGACUAUCCGCUCAUUGUCCUCUUUUACCUUCUCGGUCUAUCUUGCUAUAAUUCCUACAAUUUCAAUUCCGACGCAGCUACCAGUUGCGCUUAGUGGUCGCCAGUUACCUCGGAGGAAGUGAUGGGUGUGAUUGUUGUCUUGGAAUAAGUGAAGAUUAUACGCAGGCGAACAGACUCAAUCAGCUUGGUAGUGACAAGACGGAAAGAGAAGGAGAGAAGGAUAUACAAGUUUAAGAGUUGGGAAAAAAAGGACAGCAGCGCUGUCUAUUACAAAGCAUCAUCUGAACAGAUCUUAACAGUCGAAUCACGGCACCGUUUGUUAAAGAAGCUGUUUGGCGCGAACUGCCUACCUACGCUCCUUCGAUCGAUUUAAAUUGCGACGCAACGGGAAUAAGGACCCGACGGUUUGGUUCUACCUUUCGGCAUAGGAAAGGAUAAGACAAGUGAGCGUGAGUUGCCAAAAAUUGGGUUGUGAAGUUUGCUUUGUGGGCAUAGUCAAAUAUGCCGUCCGCUACAGCCAGACGAUUGUAUGAGGAUCAAAUACCCUCCUUUAUGUCCAUAUUCGAUCCGGAGACGGACAACAAUAUCGAUGAGAGGGGAUUAGUAACGGUAGUCGACCCUAAAUUAAUGGAAAUGGAGUCUUCGUGCGCACCAGGGCCACUCGCCGGUACGUUACCACAACAACACGCGUUGCGGCCCUUACCAACGGAUCCUUUGCACCGUCACCACGAUAGCACUUCCACUCAAAAUUCCGAAUCCGCUGAUUCAUCUCCCACGACAACUUUAACAACCGACACGUCUUCACUUUCUGACCCGUCGCCGUCAUCUUCUCCAGAUUCACCUGUCAACUUAAUACCUCUCAAUUCCUUUCCAGCCACCAAUUUCGGCGGCCUACCAUCUACGAUGAAUAAUCUUACAGUGAACGACCCUAAUAAUCGGGAGAGACCGAUGACGUCUCCCUCCCCUAGACGAGCAAGGAACAUGAAGGGUUUGUCGAUACAACCGCCGUUUGUCAGCUCACUCUCUUCCAACCUAGUCUCUGAACCUUCGUCGCCUUCUUUCAUAAAACCAAAGAUUCCUGCGAUGAAGCGAAAGCCUAGCCAACUCAGUCUUAAGACUGACUCGACUGGUCUCAAUAUUCGACCGACAACCCUUGAAGUUCCGAGCUCACCUGGCCUUCCACCGAUUAUACAACGAAGAUCCUUAAAACAUUCGACAUCCUCCCCUCAUAUGCUUUCUGGAUUGAAGUCUGCGACUUUUGGCCCAGCUGGUGGUAUGACUUUCCCCACCGUUUUCGAGCGUGGUACUUCAGGGCUAUCCGAAGUAUUACGGCCGACAAACCUAGGAAGCAGCGGCCCAAAUUACGAUACCACUAUUCUUGAAGAGGAUUCGCCUAUCAAGACCCAGCUUGCUAAUCGCGCGGCGAUGGAUUUUGAGCCUUUCAUCGAACCCGAGAACAACGAGGACCAGAAGUCGCCUGGAUAUCCAGAUGGUCCCAUCGCGAUAUACGAAGAUAAUGUCUACCUCUACUUGGAGCCUACUGCAGAAGAAGCCUCCAGAUUUGAUGUAGUCAUUAAUGUAGCUCGUGAGGUUACUAACCCCUUCCAAGCUUGCGGCAAUGGCAAGCGACCGGAGAACCUUAAGACUCUCCAAGUCGAAUCGCCGAUACCCGACACCGCUAUGACGAAUGAUAGUUUUGCGACGGCCUUUGAGUUCCCCCAAGAUGGAAAUAGAGUGGAAACGCCUACAACCCCUAAGGCGAACAACCUUUUUGAACCCGAGUACAUCCACAUGCCAUGGGAUCAUAAUACCGAUAUCGCAACCGACCUCAUGAUGCUUUGCGAGACUAUCGAGAAACGCACGAAGGAAGGAAAGAGGGUUCUCGUUCACUGUCAACAGGGCGCAAGUCGUUCAGCUAGUCUUAUCAUCGCAUACGGCUUAUAUCAAAAUCCGGGCUUGACUGUCAACGACGCCUACUACGCAGCGCAAUCGAAGAGCCGAUGGAUCAGUCCAAAUAUGCGAUUGAUGUAUUGUCUACAAGAUUUCCAAAAGGAGGUUACUAAGAAGAAGCUCUCUCCUCGCUCUGCUGUAGGGCCGCGAAGUGGGAAAAGCCCUGCGAAACAUCAUCGGCUUACGCUCUCAGCAAAUAACGUUAUCGAUAUGCAACCCAAGGAACCAUUAACUGCUCCGUUGCCCAAUGAGAAGGAGGGUGCCGAUAAUGACUCUAGUAUAGAGCGUCUCCCCAGUCAUUCACGUGGAAAAUCCACUUCGAACAUAGACUCGAUCUCCCCAGGACCGUCUUCAGCUCCAUCAAGUUUCUCGUGGUCCGAGAAAGAAGACGAAAAGGAUCCCGGAAAGCCUGGACGAUUCAACUUCGGCAACUCACUUGAGCCACCCAAGUUUUUCGAACCAGCACCUUCGAUUCGAUUGGGCCCGUCGCCAUCGCUCCCUCCACCUUCACCAUCGUUCUUCAAGCCGCCGCCGUCCCCAGGAUUCUUUAAACCUCUCCCUUCGCCGGGAUUUGGCGCUAGCCGCUUCGACGAUGGAGCACAAAGCCUAGGGUUUGCCAGUCUCAAUUUCGGGCCUUCCUUUAGGGAGCAGCAUGAUGAGGGUCACAGCAGAGAGAGGGCAGUAUCGGUUGCCCCUGCUCUGCCAGAGGAUGAUGACGCUCUGAUGUCGCCGAGAGCUGAAACCAUGACGAACAACCCACUACAUGAUUCUUACUCUGAAAUGGCAGGGAUGAAGUUUGUAGAGCAGCCUCCGACUCCUAGCGAAGGACUCUUCUCUCCGAGACAGUCUAUGUUCCCGAGAGAUCCGUUAUUCCCAUUCGGACGACCGACUCAGAUGGCCGACCCGAGAAGUCCGCCGACUAAAGGCGAGACCCCUAUUGUUCGAUCCAUCGAUGACGUACUUUGAUAUCUCGAACCGAUUACAGUCCCAUGGUGUGAUGUGGCAUACGCAAUAUUACAUCUAAAAGCCUACUUAUUAUUACUACAUCUCCACUUGAGAUGACCUAGCAGGAUUUCAUAUGUCUACAAACGUUACACCAUUGUUUUUUUCUCGUUUUUUCGAUUUGUUUUAUCUCGGCCCA